CAAUAGGUGGAUCAAGUCUGGCAACUUAAGGUGGAAUUACAGCUCAGUAAUGAGGAUGAUGGAAGUAACAAAUCUAAUCUUCAUCAUUAUAUGUCAACAUGUUCCUUUCAUUGGUAAAACCUGGUGGAUCCUCGCGCUGCUUUUGCGUCUGCUCGUCCUCCUGCUGCUUGGUUUCACGCUGUUCAGCGACGAGCAGGACAGAUUUAUCUGCAACACCAUCCAGCCAGGCUGCUCUAAUGUUUGUUUCGACGUACUUAAUCCUGUGUCUCUCCUCCGUCUCUGGCUCCUCCACUUCAUUCUCCUCUGUGUUCCCCAUUUGAUGUUUGCCGUCUACAUCGUGCAGAAGGUUGUGUCAUUUAAGUAUUUGGGGGGCUCAAGACAGUUCUCCUUGCAUGGAGUCCCGCUUCAUGACCUCCCACGUGAAUGGGGAGCGCCCCACUUUUACCUCCUACUUGUGUUUCUGCGGAUACUUCUCGAAGCCUUUUUUAUUGGAAGCCAGUGUUAUCUCUUUGGUUUGACUAUUCCGAAGAGUUUUCUCUGUUAUGAGAGUCCCUGCACAUCCGGCGUGGAGUGCUACGUCUCCCGACCAACUGAGAAGAACUUCAUGCUGAACUUCAUGCUCGCCGUUUCCUCCCUGUCCAUCCUGCUCAGCUCUGCUGAUCUAGUGCGCUCAGUGAAGACGGUGGAGAUCUGGAGAAGAAAACGAGCGAUGCUUAUGGAGGAGAUGAGUAACGCAGAGCGGAUCAGCAUGCUGACAACAACAACAGUGAUGGAGGACGGCGGUGUCCUUUUAACCAAGAGAAACAGCCCAACUGUGAGCUCCAAAACAAAUAGUUUCAAAGAUGAGAUAUCUAUCGCUCAUGAGAGAAAUGUUGAGCUUCUUAAUGGAAAAAUGCAUGGUGGGUCUGCACUUGAAAGUUGUGAAAGUGCUACAGAAAUUAGCAAAAAUGGCAAAAUGGAGGUGUUCCAGCCUUCCUCUCCUUUUCGUUACUCGGUCCGUCAAGGCUGGCUGAAAUCGCAGAGAGACGCGAGACUGACAGGCGUCAAAAGUCCAAUCCUGUACCCUCCAUACGGGGCCGACUCAGGACAUCAGUCUGCCUGCAAUGUAUUGGAGGACAGAAGAGCAUGGGUGUAACUGACAGACCCUGAACACCUCCGUUCAACAAAGCCUGAUACUUAGCUUGAUGCAGUUUUUGUUGAAUGAAGAGGGAACUUCAUAAAAACAGCUUCAGUAACUACAAAUGUCACUUCUCUGUGAAUAAAGUGUCAUACAUUUGACAUGAAUUUACAGCUUUGUCUCAUGAGCCAAAAUCUCCUCCCAGAUAUUGGUAAUGGCCAAUCAAAAGCUAACCUGAAAAGUGUGACUCUCAUGGACAGUAGCGUUUUCUCUGAAUGUAAAUGUCUGCUAACACACCAAGCCGACAGAAAGCUGCAGCGUCUUCCACCGUACCCUGAUUGCAUACGAAGCAUUUCAUCCACUCCAUCCCGCACGGAUAAAGUUGGAGCUCCUUGGAGUAUCAAACAACCUAAUGUAUCCUACGGCAACUGAUACCCAGAACCGGUCUUAGGAGAACUUGUCCUUACGUCAUCUCUUGAAGUGGAUGUAACUGUGGUGGAGGACGAAGGUGCUCCUGAAGUGGUUCAACUUUGUGUGAAUGAUCUAAUGGCGCUUUUGCACUAGUACCUCAUCAGCUUGGCUCGGCUCGGCGCGGCUCGUCGCGGCUCCACCCGUUUUGUCCCCGUUUGUUUUUCCACUGCCAGGGGAGAAGUGGGCAGGUUGGGGUGAAGCUGCUGUGACGU